AUGGACAUCAGUUCAUUCGGAGCGCCCCUAAAUUCCCUUUCUGCUUUUCUUGACCGAGAAAAUGCAGAAGACGAAAUGCCCACGCCGGUCUGUAUGGACACUGGGGCCCUGCGGUCGGGAGUUUUAGAAAAGGCGUCGAAGGAUGCUUCAAGUUGGAAUUUGCGUCGGUGCGCUCUUCACCCCGAGGCGUUUUGGUAUUCAAAAGAAGCAGCAAAAGGGGCUCCCCAGCGGCCGCAGCAGUGGGCUUGCAUUCCGCUGUCUUCUUGUGUGCAGAUCCUGAAGAUUCCACAAGACAAAAGAGGCUUUCUUGUACAGACAGACAGUCGCUCUUACUACUGGCGCGCCCAGUCGCAGAAUGAAGCGGAGGCGUGGCUGCUGAGCAUUGGAACGCAAUGCGCAGCAAUGAAGGAAAUGGAACUCCUGCGGCAGGCGGAGGCGCGAAUUGCUGCAGCGCAGCAGCAGCAGUCCGAGGCUUGCGUGAGAAAAGUCCCAAAAGAAAACAAAGACAAAUAA